AUGCUGGUCUUUGUUUGGCGUGUGGACGUGUCUUCUUUGGAGACGCAGCCCAUGGAGAUGGACGUUGACCAGAUGGCCUUGGCGAACUGUGGGGCUGCCAUGCCUGCACCGGCCCCUGUGCAGCCUGCAGUGGUUGGUGGCGUCAUGCCUUCGGUUGCAGUGCAACACAUGCAGGCUGCACCUGUGAUGGCAGCACCUGCCCAACCUGUGGCAUUCAUGCCACCACUUGAACCUCAUCGACCUGGAGUACCCAUGCAACCUGUGGUGCCGCCAGUGGAGCUUGCCCAGCCUGUAGUUAUGCAGCCUAGCCAACCACCAGUGCCACCAACCUGUGGUGCCGCCACAGCCUGUGCUACCCAAGCAGACAGCGCAACCUGCAGUGGUGCUGCCACAGCAGACCUCUCAACCUGUGGUACCCAAGCAGCCAACCCAGCCUGUGGUUUCUCCUGUGAUGCCAAAGCAGCCUGCAGUGGCACCCCCUCAGCAGUUCCAGGCAGCACCCGGAGAUAUGGUUUCUGGACAUAUAGACGCUGCUUUGGUGCACAUGCCCCCCCGGCCGAAGCCGAGAAGCCCAAAAGUGACCUUGAGAUCGAGUUGGCAGCAAUGGGAUGGAACGCAAUGAAGUCAUGUCGACCUCAAGCUAGUCCUCAGGGCACACUUCCAAGCAAUGCUUCAGGGUCAGACAAGCCUGCAGAUGCAUUGGUACGGAAGAAAAGUCAGGUGUUUCCUGGAGAGGAUGAGCCACCUGUGCCUGCAGCUUCUGUUGGAGCCGCAGCCCUUCAUGAACCUGUGCCUGCAGCUUCUGUUGGAGCCGUUCAGCCUGUGCAGCCUGCACCUUCUGUUGGAGCCGCAGCUCCUGAAGGCAAGCUUCAGCUAGCCAUGGCACCUGCAAAGGUCCAGCAAUUUCCCGCACCCCAAGCUGCUGGAAGGGUUCAAACCGCCCAGCCCGACGGAGAGUAUACCCGCCGAGCAGCGGCGAAUUUGAUCCAGAGGCUGAAAAAAAACCCUGGGAGAUUGACGACUAUGCCAUCGCUCCAUCAGAUGGUUUUUGACGAAGAGAAGAAGAACGAGCUGAUCACCAUGAUUUGCGAGAAUGGUGGCAAGUUGGAGCAGGUGCAAUGUCAUUUGCAGCAGAUGGAGGAACGUGGUAGAGUGUUUUCUGCCAGGAAGAAAGCCUUGCGCUGGACGAAGAAGCAGAUGCAGGACGCAUAUGGAGAAGAUGCUGACAAGGUGAUGAAGCACAAGGAGUCGAUGGGCAUGGUGGAAGAGGACGAGAAUUGCCCCGAUGGCAUUGUCUAUUUAGUGGCGCAAAGGGAGGACGAAGAGGACAACUUCAGUAGAUCAGGAACUGCGGUCACCACCAGCAGGGUCCAGGUGAAUGCAAGCAAUGCUGCGGACGUUGCAGAGAUCAUGAUGGGCCCACCAAAGUCAAGCGGCAAGAGACCGUCUUCUUCAGAUGCGGGCUCAGUGCAAUCAAGCCCAACGACUCCAGCGUCCGCUCCGGGCACUCCGCUACCAGACCAGGCUCCCGCAAAAAGAGCUAAGGUGAAGAAGGCGACUGAACAGACCGUUCUCACCCCCUUGCAAAAGGCCAAGGACAUGUGCACCAAGCUUUUGAAGAAGAAGAGCGACGCAAGCAACUUGGGGUUGACUUUGCAGUCAGUUGCUUACGCGGACGCUUUGAGCGCAGAGAUGACCCAAUUUGCCAAAAAGUUUGAGGAGCUCUAUUUGAAGAUCCAAGCCAUGAUCAAUGACCAGAAGAAUGAGGAGCACUAUAUGCAUGAGGAUGAAUACAUCCCGUUGGUGAAGGAGUUCAUCGCGCUGCAGAAGCAAUUUGAAAAGCCGCAUGCAGGCUAUGGCUUCUUCUUGAAUGUGGAUGAUGUUGAUAGCGCUUUGAUCUGCAGAAUGGCAGAGCGGGUUUCUGAAGGGAAACUUUCUGUGCGUGCGGCUGCGGAGUGUGCUCAGACUUUCAUCCAUGAUGGGGGUUCAAAGGCUUUCUGCUUCUGGAAAGGCGACAUGGAAGCCCAUGCGUAUGCCCACCUUCUUACCAGAACGCAGCGCUACUACAGGUGCGCGCAAUGCUGUGAUUUUUGCCUAGCAACAAGCAACAAAAGAUCGCCAGAGCUUAGCUGGGGCAACUUGUCUUUGAAAUCUUUGUGGCGGAGCACUCUCACAUUAACAGAUCCACAUGACAUUUCGCCAUGGACACAGGUUCCGAGAUUUGAGAAGAAACGCCGAUUGCUUGAUCUCCUUCACAUAGUGCAUCUGGGGACUUUGCGUGAUCUCAUACCUGCAGCUAUUAUAAGUUCUCUGGAAGAUGGCAGUCUUCCAUUUUUUUUCGGUUUGACUGGCAAGCCUUGGGAUGAAGUUUUGCAUGCGUUCAGCCAUCUUGCAGCUGCAUGGGCCAAAGAUCAAGACAUGCAGCUUGGUAUCGGCACACUUUCAAUGGCAAGGCUUGGCCGGCCGAAGUACCGCCAUUGGCCGAUGCCUGCCUUGGAUACACGAAUCAAAGCCGCCAAGACAAGAACACUUUUCGCGUUUACAACUUGGAUGAUGGUGAGGCUUGCUGAUUCAGAUGCCCUGGACACCAAUGCCAAGAAGAUGCAUGCUAAGAUGCGUGCAGUGUGCUGUUGGUCUUUGGAUGUGCCCCUCAGCACAUGGAAUGUGAAUGGCAAAGUUGUCAUGUUGAGGGCUACAGUUAGAGAGGUCACGUGGCUUUGCAGGCUGCACUCUGCAUCCUAUCAAUGGCUGUCUGCACGCUGUUUGGCUGAGCAGCGGCUCCUUUACAAAUGCAGACCCAAGACGCAUUAUUUUGUGCAUAUGGUUGAUCAUUUUGAAGAGACUCAAAUUUGCUUGAUGCAUGCAUCGACAUUUGGAGAUGAGGAUUACAUGGGGAAAAUCCGCUGCAUAUGCCAAGGAUGCCAUGGGGCCACGUACAUGCUAACCUGGGCCCGGAGAUAUGCUUUGAAGCGAGCAUUGCAGUGGACGGAGAUGAAGCUAAGUCCCUUCGAAAAGUCUUGA